AUGAGGCUAUUUUGUUGUCUCAUUAUUGCAUUGCUAUCAACGUUCUCGCUUGCAAAACAGGCCACGGAUGCUGAGAAAGAGGCGGUUAUCUCUACUAUCCCACCAUGUGGAUUGGAAUGCAUAUUACCAACUAUGACGGAGGAGAAUUGUUCAAUAGGCAAUCUGACCCAACUCAGCGACUGCUUGUGUCUCCAUUUAGAAGGCUUGUCGACUAUUGCUACUUGCAUCUUCAAAAAAUGUAAUUACACAGAUCUUGUUGUGGUCGAGAAAGCGACGGAAGUGCUGUGUGAAGGCGAGCCAAGGCCAGACCGCAAGCCCGAACUUCUUGGCACAACUAUUGCUCUCGCUAUUAUAGUCCUUGUCUUUGUCGGUUUGAGAUUUUGGUCGCGCUUUACAGUUUCAAGACAAUUCUGGUGGGAUGAUUGGUUCGUAUUGUUGGGUACAAUCUGCCAAAUCGGGACCGAUUGCGCCAUGUUUUGGGGUAUCUCAAUGGGGUUUGGGGUGCAUGUCUGGAAUGUGGACUCGAAACUCAACGUUCCUCUCUAUCAGUUUGAAUGGAUCUUUGAACUUCUUUACGUCGUUGUUCAAAGCACCACGAAGGCGUCGAUUGUGUGCCUUUACUGGCGUCUUUUCCCUCAGCCUUGGCUACGAAACGUGGUCAGAUUCCUGUGGGUAUGGAUAGCUAUUCACUUCUUCACAUUCUUUUUCACCAUUCUGGUCCAAUGUACACCAAUCGCCCUCGUCUAUAACCACGCUUUAACGGGGCAUUGUCUGAACGCCCACGCUAUCAUCCUAGCAGCUGCAAUUUUAGUAAUGGUGGAGGAUAUUAUCCUCAUUAUACUCCCACUGCCGUUGAUCUGGAAGCUGAAUGUAAAGCUUUCCAGAAAGCUAGCCAUUAGUCUAGUUAUGAGUGUUGGGCUGGUCGCCGUCGUCGCUAGUGCAGUUCGACUUAAAUACGUCGUUAGCUUCUACUACGAUAUCGACCAAAAUUGGGACGACGUUCCUGUUGCAAUUUUGUCAGUUGUCGAAACCUCCCUCUCUAUCGUCUGCGUCUGCUUCCCUCCUGUCAAAAUCCUCAUGAGCAAAUACUACAAGAAGUACACUGGGAGCGAUUCUUCGGCUAUGAGAAGUAGGAGCAGAGAAGAUCUGCUUGCAAGGCUUAAGGGUCGCUUCACGAGGCCAAAUUCACCAGACAAACCUCCUAGGUUCAGUAUACCAUGGAUCCAAACAUUGGCGCCGAGGCUGCCAACCAUACCUCGGAUUGGAAGUCAUAUUGAGUUGGAGAAAGGGAAGAGCACAGUGACGAGCUCGAGCACAGCCAGUGAAGCUAAUCAAAGAAGUAUUAUGACAAGUACAUCCAGUGACUUGGAAGCUGGCCAAGAGAGCACUAUGGCAAAUACGUCAUGGUUAAAAGUCGGUUGA